AUGCAGAUGAUAUCCAAAAUGACCGAAAAACGAAAGGCAAUCAUCAUCGGCGCCGGCCCCACGGGCCUUGCAGCCGCCCUGCGUCUGCAUCAGCAAACAGACAUCGAAGUCACACUUUAUGAGCUGCGGUCCGAGCCCACCACUCUGGGCGGAGCUAUCGGCAUCCUGCCCAACGGUCUACGCCUCCUACACCGCCUGGGUGUUUACGAAAAAGCAGUGGCCCGCGGCUUCAGCAGCUCCAACAUGACCCUGCAUUCUCUGCAGGGGAACAUCGUUGCCCAGCAGGACUAUGUCGGGUGGGCACGUGAGAAGACCGGGUUCGGGUACCUGCGCAUCAAGCGCACAGACUUGGUGGAUGUCUUGCUCGAGGCGGUGCAGCAGAUGAAUAUCCCAAUCCAUUUCAAUACGCGACUGACAACUAUUGAGGAGAGCGAUCUGAGUGUCAAGGUCGUGUUUGAGGAUGGGUCGACCGAUACCGCUGAUAUGUUGAUUGGAUGCGAUGGCAUCCACUCGUUCGUGCGACGUACCUAUGUCGAUCCGGAGAAGACCCUGGAGUACUCGGGCAUGUCGGGUCUUGGAUCCCUCAUUCCCACCAGCGCGCUAUCACCCACGACGACAGACCAGGUCACUGGUCUAGACGUGACGCUGACAGAAGAUGGAAUGCUUGCUGUGAAUCCGUGUACGGCCAACAAGGGCGAGCUGUUCUGCUUCUUCUCGAAGGAGGCAGCGCUCCCAGAAUCUGGAGGCGGCCGCGACGGCUGGGAAGUGCACCGCAAGGAAGAAGUGGACGGUUUCAAGUCCACGCUGCUGCGCAGUCUGGAGAAUGCUCGCGGUGAAUGGGGUACCGCCUUGAGAGAAAUUGUCAACAAUAUCUCUGUCGUGAAGUUCUACCCUGUUUACAGACUACCACUCGGUGGGAUCUGGUCCAAAGGCCGGUGUGUUUUGGUCGGAGAUGCGGCUCAUGCGAUGUCCCCACAUGCUGGACAGGGAGUUUCAAUGGGCCUUGAAGAUGUCUUUUUGCUUUCUCGCUUACUGGAAGAUCAUAAGCGAUCGCUUGACGAGGUUUUCGACAAAUACGAUCAUAUUCGCCGACCUCGUGUCAACGAGAUCUUCAAGUUGGCUGCUCAGAAUGCCGAAGUGCGGAGAAAGAGCAGCGCAUGGGGCUUGUGGUUCAAGGAACUCAAAGUCUCAGUGGGGAUGUGUCUGGCUUGGGCUUUGGGGAUGGAGAAGACGGGGCUGCGGCAGGCCCAUCUGGUUUACGACAUUGAUGCCGUUGAGCUGGCAUAA